CUCUCCUUCUCCCUCCUACUCCCCUCUCCCCCUCCCGCCUCCGUUGGAUUUUUUUUCCCCUCCCGUUUGACAGAUGAUCGCAUUGGGCCGCGGACGCGGAGUGCGCCGCGCCAGGCUUGCGUUGGAGAUCUGACGCUGCUGUUCUUGCUCCCCCAUCCCCUCCCGCGCCCCUUCGGCUUCUCUGCAGUGCACUAGCACCGCCGCUGCUGACGGCGCCGCCUCCCUCCAGUCUCUACUAGUCCGCCCGCCCAGGCCUGGCCCCCAGACCCGCCACCUCCUUGAUCUCCAAGCGCAGAGAGAGGUCAUGAUCCAGGGUGCCAGCGGGUGGAGAAGGAAGAACGUGGGGGGAAAGUGGAGAUAGCGGUUUCACCAGCCAUUGCUAAAGCCGUUGCAUAGCCUGCGCCCGGAGGCUGCCCGGGUGACCUCCAGCCUCCUUAGCUGUCCGUGGAGUGGGUCGGGCCCAAGUUGCAGCCAUGGCCACCUUGAUUCGCAGCAAACUGUCCAAUGUGGCCACCUCUGUGUCCAACAAAUCCCAGGCCAAGGUGAGUGGCAUGUUCGCCAGGAUGGGCUUCCAGGCGGCCACUGACGAGGAGGCUGUGGGCUUCGCCCACUGCGACGACCUGGACCUGGAGCAUCGGCAGGGACUGCAGAUGGACAUCCUCAAGUCGGAGCCCAGUGAGGAGGGUGCUGAGCCGCCCGUCGAGGGUGACUUCCACUACCAGAGGGACGGCUCUGGGCCCCUGCCACCCUCGGGUUCCAAGGAACAGGGCAUGUGUUCUGAAUUCGGGGGUGGCCAGGACAAGCCCAAGAUUACUGCCUGGGAAGCAGGCUGGAAUGUGACCAACGCCAUCCAGGGGAUGUUUGUCUUGGGCCUACCCUAUGCCAUUCUGCACGGAGGAUAUUUAGGACUGUUUUUAAUUAUUUUCGCCGCCGUGGUUUGCUGCUACACUGGCAAAAUUCUCAUCGCAUGCCUCUACGAGGAAAAUGAAGACGGGGAGAUAGUCCGGGUGAGGGACUCCUACGUGGACAUUGCCAACGCCUGCUGCUCUCCCAGGUUCCCCAAACUGGGAGGGAGGAUAGUCAAUGUGGCUCAGAUUAUCGAGUUGGUCAUGACGUGCAUCCUCUAUGUAGUGGUCAGUGGCAAUCUGAUGUACAACAGCUUUCCCAGCUUGCCGGUCUCUCAGAAGUCCUGGUCUAUCAUCGCCACUGCGGCAUUAUUGCCCUGCGCCUUUCUGAAAAAUCUAAAAGCCGUCUCCAAAUUCAGCUUGCUCUGCACCUUGGCCCACUUCGUUAUCAACAUCCUCGUCAUUGCCUACUGCCUGUCCAGAGCCCGGGACUGGGCUUGGGAGAAGGUCAAGUUUUACAUAGACGUGAAGAAGUUCCCCAUCUCUAUAGGCAUCAUCGUCUUUAGCUACACCUCACAGAUUUUCCUCCCGUCCUUGGAAGGCAACAUGCAGAAGCCUAAGGAGUUCCACUGCAUGAUGAACUGGACGCACAUCGCGGCCUGCGUGCUCAAGGGCCUCUUUGCGCUCGUGGCAUACCUGACCUGGGCCGACGAGACUAAAGAGGUCAUCACCGACAACCUGCCAUCCACCAUUCGUGCUGUGGUCAACAUCUUCCUGGUGGCCAAGGCGCUCCUAUCCUACCCGCUGCCAUUCUUUGCUGCUGUGGAAGUGCUGGAGAAGUCCCUCUUCCAGGAAGGCAGCCGCACCUUCCUCCCCAACUGCUAUGGGGGUGAUGGACGGCUGAAGCCCUGGGGGCUGACGCUGCGCUGCGCGCUCGUGGUGUUCACGCUGCUCAUGGCCAUUUAUGUGCCGCAUUUCGCGCUGCUCAUGGGCCUCACUGGGAGCUUGACUGGUGCGGGCCUCUGCUUCCUGCUGCCCAGCCUCUUCCACCUCAAGCUGCUGUGGCGGAAGUUACUCUGGCACCACGUCUUCUUCGACGCGGCCAUUUUCCUUAUUGGCGGCAUCUGCAGCGUGUCCGGGUUCGUGCACUCCCUGGAGGGGCUCAUCGAGGCUUACCGAACCAAUUCAGAAGACUAAACCCUGAAAAAGCGGCAGAAGGGCUGGUGGACUGGCGGGCGUCCUUUCGGCGACUCCUCCUCUCCCAUGGACACCUGCACUGCUCCCAACCUUCACCCUCUGGUCCCACGGGUUCCUUCGCUGCUCUCUGCCCAGUUCCGUUCCAUCCAGCCCAAUCCAAUCCCAUUCUGCCAGGUCUCCCAGGCUCCAUCUCUGCAUCCUUUCCUAUCCAAGCCCUUCCACAGUCUUGGGAUUGGGUGGCUAGAGUGAGUGGUCCAAAGACUGCCACACCCAAUCCAGGCCCCAUACCUCUAUCGAAUCCGCCCCAUCCCACCCCCAUCCAAGCCUCACCCAGUCCAGUCCAGCUGUUUGCAUCUCCGUGACCCUCCCUAUUCAAUCCGGUCUAUUUGGGGGUAGGCAGGAUCUAUAUUGUCUAUCCUGACAUGUCUAGGCUUUUGGGCUGUGUCGCCAUUGGCCAAGCUCUUAUUUCACUCACUCCUCCCUCUCCCCCUUCCCCUUCCCAUAGCCCUGACUUUUGGUUUAGUUUUUCGAUCUAAGCUUUAAAUUUAAAUAUCUAUUUUCUUGUUUUUAGUUAUGCAGGAGGGAAAUAGAAUAAUCCUAAAUCAAAGCCUUUAUUUUAAUUUGGAUUUAUUUAUUUAUUUAAAAAAAAAGGCUGGGGGUUAGGUGGGGGCGGGGCAUCAGAGGGCAGGGAAACCCGUGCCAAUGUUUGAGGGAAUUUCUUCCCACUAAAACCCCUUUCCUGGAAUUAGCUACAGCACUGGAUCGCGGGGACUCUUUAUGCAAUGGACAAGGACCAGGCUAGCCCUUCUGUGAGUCCCCUCCUCCUCCUACCCCCAGCCCCGAUCCCAGAGCAGUGUAGGUGGGGUUCCUCUCAAGCGCAUUUUGCACAUUGUAGCUAUUCUAGGACAAGCAGCACGUCACUGUAGCGGCGCCCAGAGAGGGAGAAACUGGCCAGGGACUCUGAGCUUUGACUGGGGAUGGGGGAUGGGAGGGGAUUCUCGAUCAACAAAUAUGCCCAGAAUCUUCCACUUCUCCCCAUCGCCAGCAAGCUUCCCAUUGCUGAGGACAUUUUGCCUUCAGCUGAAAACACAAACUGGAAUUCGUUUCAUUUCU